AUGAACUGCCUGUGCUUGCUUUGCUUCGUCUGCUGUUCGAUGGCAGCAGCGGCCGAGUCACCCCGAAUUGUGGGCGGGCAGGAGGUAACUAUUGAGCUAGUGCCCUAUUUGGUAAAUUUGCGGCAUCGUGAUGUGUUUAUCUGCGGCGGUUCUUUGAUCACGUCCAGUUGUGUGCUUAGUGCUGCCCACUGCGUCCAUGGAGCGCAGGCUCAGGACUUUAGUGUGCAUGCCGGUGCGAGUCGACUGAACGAAAAUGCGCCCAUUGUGCGUGAUGUGAACACUUUUUAUGUAGCUCCCAACUAUAAUCCGACCAAUUUUGAUAUGGAUGUGGCCAUCCUGCGGCUAUCCACUCCUGCAACUCGCCUGCCAGGCCAAGUGACCAGCAUUGUGCCCUGCAGUCUGCCACCACCUAGUAAUGCCUAUGUCCGUAUAAGCGGCUGGGGUGUUACCAGUGAGGAAAAUCGACUGCCUCCGUCCCAAGUACGUACGGCCAAUGUGCGUGUGCUGCCAACCAGGGAGUGCCAACUGGCCUAUGCCGGACUAGCGAAAAUAAGCGACUCCAUGUUUUGUGCAGCCAUACGAGGUGUUAAAGACUCCUGCUCCGGCGACUCGGGCGGACCGGUCGUAUAUCGCGGCCAGGUAUGCGGCAUUGUCUCUUGGGGCUUCGGCUGUGCGCGUGCCGCCUUUCCGGGUGUUUACACCAGUGUGGCAAGUCCACGAGUACAACACUUUAUACAGCAAACGAUGCAGGACUAUUGUUGA